AUUCUUUUUAACCUUGCACUGGCGUAUCUACAGAACGGAGAAGUCCAAAAGUUCCGAAUGAUGUUGACGGAAGCUACCCAUAAUGCCGAUAGUUAUCAGCGGAACCAAAUCUCGGACACAUUGAAAUUAUUCGAGGAGAAUAAAGUGUCAGCUAUCCAACCGGUUCAGCUUAACACGGACGCCAUCUUUGUUCCACCGAAAGAAAUCACUACAAAUCUCGGACACCGGAAGUCCUCCAAGCGUUCAAUGGUUGUGUUUGCAUCAGACGAGAAAAACAACACCCCAUCUUACAAGUGUGCAGAAAGGGUUACAGAACUUCGCAAGACUAUGAUUCGCUCACGUGAUGCACAAAUAAAACGCGAUGGCUCAGUAAAAGAUAAGUUAAUUAAAAAAAUCAAGUCUACAGGAGAUUUGAAUAUCUCAUCUCAUGUGAGAAAGAAUUUGUCCGCAAGGAAACAACGCCAUUCUACCGGAAGUGUAGGACCUGAUUCGGAUAUUUCAUACAAAACACUGAACGAGAUAAAACAAAGUAAAAUGACUCCACAAAUGAAUAAUGACAUAAUAUUUGAAUCAUCAGACCAUUGUUCCGCAGACAGAAACUCCUCUUUAGAAAACUGUGAGGAAUUAACACGAGAAAGUAAAUUUAAACUAUUCCAUGAUUUCGAGAUUGAUCAUUUUGAUACUGACACUGAGAAUAUACUGGUAUCAAAUCAGUUAAUCAAAGACAAUUGUCCGGAAGCAACACAUUUUGAUAAACAACUCGCAGGAAGCAGACGACGUUUUAAGGGUAAAGCUAAAUCGAUUGGCGAUUUUAAAGUUACCAAGGGCAAGAAUAUAAAAAGAGAAACCAAAUCUACAGGCGAUUUAGAAAGGGCUAAAAUGAAAACUUUGUUACCGCUAGAGAGGAAAAAGAAAUCAAGAACUUCUUUUAAGAGACUUAUCAAACUGAAAUCUGACACAAGCGAUCAAAUGCAAAAUGAUAAUACUGUAAUGAUGGAAGGCUGUAAAGAUGAAGGUGACUUGUUGACGAUGAUGGUACCAGUGGACAAUUCUGCAGAUGAAAAGAAACAAACAUCGGAAACUGCACCCGAAGUUAGAAAGGGUGAUGACAACAAUAAUUUCAAAAGUAACGGUAAACAAGGGUCAAGAUACUCACUGGGUUCUGUAUUUGGAGACCGCUCUACAGUUGUUAGAUAUGCUCUAGCUGAAGCCUGUGACAUCCUUACUGCUGCAGUCACUCCUACCAUUGAUCCAUUUAAAUUAAAACCUCCUGAUUUUAAAGAAAGGAGACAUACAUCGAAGCAAAAAGAUCGUAAAAUGCAACAAAGUUCAAAAAAGAAACGAGCCCCUGACCCUCCCAAGUCUACCGUUUGUACGUCAUUGUUGGCUGCCGGGCAUAUAUUUACAGCUUUUGUAGAUCUCAAUUAUAACAAUGAAGCAGAAGAUCCAAGCACACUCAUUGAAAACUCUACAAAUCUGACAGACGACGUUCAUGAUAAAACUUGCUCUACUAAUACCAAUAGAAAACAUCCUGGAGAUAAAUCUGAGACAAAAACUACUGCACUUGAAGAGAGUACAUGUAGUGCAGUGUUUGAUACAGCGUUUGUUUUUCCAUCCCUUUCAGAAACGGAUAUCAUUCAUGACAUGAACAAUAAUGAAAAGUAUUACGAUAUUGAAGACGCCUUUGCCAAAGAACCAGAAACGCCCGAGUAUGUAAAUACAAAACACUUUGUUGAGAUCACUAAUAAUAGUACUAACCAUACAGAAAUGAGGACAGAAAAUCACGAAAUAAGCAAAAGAGGGGAACUAUGUGAUGAAAAUGAAGAAAAUGUUGAACAUGGAAAGAAUACGGUUACGAUGAGGAUGAAGAAUAUGUUUAAGACAAAAAGAGCAAAACAACCACCGCCUUCAUAUCCCCCACCACCUCUUAGACUAAACUCUGCGAAACAUCGUAAUUCUAAACAAGGAAAAGGAGACAAAUUUUCACUGAAUGGACUUGUGGGUAACUCUUUGUUGACUUCCGGUAUCAUGAUUGGUGCAAUAGUUCCGGUACAUGAAAACGGCAAAACUGGCAAUCUUUUAACAGCUCAUGUCAAUGAAUUAAGUAAUUUAAUGGAAGCUGCCUGUGGAAUUGAGAAAGAAAAUUUAGAUGAUCACGCUUACGUGAAUGUAAGUAAGCAUUUAAAAUAUGAAUCUAUGAAUACCAAUAGUACAGGUGCGACAAUUACCAAAACUGACGAGUCACUACUACUACAACAACAACAACAAGCGGAAGUUAUCAACGAGACACUUCCUCUUUCUCCAAACAUCCUUAGAGAGUUUGUGACUUCGAAUGAGAAGAUCCGACAAGCUUUUGGAGAGUUCAUCCACAAGCAACGAAGCAACAAGUCUGCAGAAAAUACCGGGAUACUGUUGGAGGAAGAGAAUACUGGCAAUCCUAAACAUGACUAUGUUAAUGUGUCAGAAUUUUAGAGAGACAGAAUUUGAUAAAAAAAAGUGUUUAAACGCCUAAACAGACGACAUGGAAUCUAGUGUCAUAAUUCUAAAAGCAUGAAAUAUUCAUUAUUUGUAAUAGAAGAACUAUUUUCUUUUCACCCUUUCUUUUCUUGCAUCCUCUCAACACAAGUUUUAAUAAGACUAUUCAGUAGAGUUGUUGUAUUAAAUACUAAGUGUUAAAGAUUCUGCAUGUUGUGACCACACUAAGGGAAAUUAUAUACAAGUACAUAGUUAUGCAAAUAAAACAAUUUUGAAACAUCGAAGAAUAUGUAAAAUAUGUACUGCAAAUAUUUGUGCAUAUUAUAUGUUAUCAUUAAAAUAUAUGCAUUCAUUUCUUAUUGUUAAAUUUGACUUAACUUUACAGAAAAAUUUGACUUAACUUUACAGAAAAUAAAUUUUAAUUACCUCCCUUUAUUUGCAUAAAAUAUUAAAUUCGGUAAUAUCUUUAUAAAUAAUUCUUUUUGGAACCUAUAAUAUUGAUAAAUAUUAAUUUGAGCAUCAUAUUUAUGAUUUAAAACAAUGAAAAGAUUGGGUUGCUGGAUCUUUAAAUAUUUUCUGUUUACCCUUGUUUAAAAGAUUGUAAGAAUAAGUGAAUAGCUAUGUUGAGUGUGUAAUUAUUUCCUUGUGUAUCUAUAACAUUUCCCUAUCCUUCUUGUAUGGUAUUUAUUUAAGCGAAAGUUUUCUUUCUACUUGUUCUUAUUAAAGUAUUUACUCUC